UUCAGUACAAAAGCCAUGAGAGAAGAUGGUGCAUUUGAGGUCAUCAAAAAGGUGAUUAUAAACCUUUCACUUCGCCACACUGAACACAACAGUGCUUACGGAGAAGGAAAUGAAAGACGAUUGGCGGGGAAACAUGACAGUGCCAGCAUUAACCAAUUUUCAUGGGAAGUAGCUAAUCGUGAUUGCUCGAUCCGUGUGGGGCAUGACACUAAGAAGGCAGGCAAAGGUUACUUGGAAGACAAGCGUCCAACAUCAAACAUGGACCUAUACAUAGUGACAGGAUUACUAGCGGAAACCACCAUCCUGUGGGAGCCUACACUCGAGGCUGAAGCACUCGCUACCCAGAAGUUGGCAUUGAACGUAUAGGGUCAAUCCAUGUUCUAAUAGGAGUUGACUUAUACUUAUGUUAAU